AUGCCUCUCACGAUAUUAAGGGACGCAGAUGUCAGGAUCUUGCUCAGCAAGCUUACGAGGGAUGAUGUAGAGUAUUUGCAGAACUCUUUGAGUAGAGCGCUGCAUGAAUACUCGACGGGGACCAGUAUGGAGGGGUGUUCGUCAGGUAACCAGCCUGAGCGGACGGUGAUUGAAUCGCAUAAGGGGAAUACCACGUUGUUUAUGCCAUCUACGAGUUCGAGCGGUAUUGGCAUGAAAGUUGUCACUCUCGCAGCGUCUAGGUCAGGAGAGGCCGGUCCUCCAAGCCCUUCGUUUCUCGAGAAGCCCGCACCCCUUACCACCCCUCAAGGUGCCCUCUCGUUAAUGGAUACCGAAGGCAAACCUUUUGGAUAUCUCAACGCAGAAGAACUCACAGCUUUUCGAACCGCCCUCGCAUCAUCUCUUCUCCUCGUCCGCCGCCGAAAAGUAAAAACAGUCCUCGUAUUUGGUGUUGGGAAACAGGCAUAUUGGCACAUCAGACUCUCCCUGAUGCUUUUCGGAACCACAAUAAAACACGUCCAAUUCGUAAACCGGUCAUUCGGUGAGAGGGCAAAAGAAUGCAUGAAGACAUUUGUGCAAUUUGAUCCAGUCGCGAAAGAGAAGGAAGGGUGGACGGGGACUACUUUCGGGAUCUUUACUCCUGGUUAUGGGGAAUAUGAGAGGUUAUUGAAAGACCAGAUUCGGCAGGCGGAUGUCAUAUAUACUACAACGCCUUCUACCGAACCACUUUUUGACCAUACAUAUCUUACAAAUACAGAGGGAAGGAAGAAGGGAAGGUUGAUUGUGGCGAUUGGGAGUUAUAAGAAGACCAUGAUUGAGUUGCCUCACGAAUUAGUCCAUCAAGCAGUCAAAAGACAUGGUACAGGUCACCAUUUCCAUAAACAUGCUGAAGAAGGAGGAGCUGUCAUCGUUGAUACUCUGGCAUGUGUUUCGCAAACCGGAGAACUGACACAAGCGCACAUCCACGAAACGCAGACCGUUGAGCUUGGAGAACUUGUGUUAUUAGAAAGUCUAGCGUCAGAUGACUCCAGCAGUGCCAUCUCUGACAGUCCUUCGCGGAGAGGUUCCAUGGAUGUAUCAAUCGAAUCUCUGAAUCUCGGAGACAACACACCUUCAAUGGCCCAGGUAUUCCGCGAACCAGCUUCACUACCCCACACCGAUUCCACGGCCUCGGCAUCUACCAUGAGCUCUACCACAUCCGGCCGCUCACCGCGCUCCUCAAUGUCAUUAUCCCGUAAAGGCUCCAUGUCAAAUCCAUUCCACAAACGCUCCGACAGCGCGUCAACAGCUACAGCUUCAACGCCUAGUAGUUCAAUCUUCCACAAGCGAUCGGGGAGUAUGAGUAGUUCGACAAAAAAGAAACCUAGAAAACAGACGGAGAAGGAGAAUGAGAUGUGUAGGUGGCUGCGGAAUGGGAAUGUGAUUUAUAAGAGUGUGGGGAUGGGAUUGAUGGAUUUGGUUGUUGGGUCGGAUCUUGUCACGUUGGCGAGGUCGAAUGGUGUUGGUGUUACGGUGGAGGAUUUUUAA